GAGUAACGUGACUUUCCCAAACGGGAAGUGUGAGUCAAAUCACUCGACUGGCUUUCAACGAGUCGCCUGCUUCGACGCGGUGGGGACGACGUUUAUGACAAAAGUGCUUCGAGACCGGCAGUGUUGAACGAGAAGAAACGGGCAGCCAUGGGCGCCAUGUUCCGCAGCCAGGAGGUGUGCCUGGUGCAGCUCUUCCUCCAGUCCGGGUCGGCCUACAACUGUGUCAGCGAAUUGGGGGAGCUGGGCUUGGUGGAGUUCAGAGAUUUAAAUCCUAACGUGAAUGCCUUUCAAAGGAAAUUUGUUGGUGAGGUGAGACGAUGUGAAGAGCUUGAGAAAACAUUUUCAUUCCUAGAGCAGGAGAUCAAUCGAUCCCUGUCCCCUCCGUUGAAGGGGCCCCUUCCCCCUCCUUGUCCGACGCCUUCAGCCCCCCAGCCCCGCGAGCUCAUCACCAUAGAGGAGGAAAGCGAGAGGCUGGCCAGAGAGCUACGAGAAGUAUCCAGAAACAGAGACAGUCUUCGAGCUCAGCUGACCCAGCUGUGCCAGUACAGAGGAGUGCUGACCAGAGCACACUCUCUUACAACCUCGCAGGCGCCUCUGUCUAUCCUGGAAAACCAAGGUCUGUUUGAAAACCACCGCGAUGUCCACCUGAGUUUUGUCGCGGGAGUGGUCCACCCGUGGAGGGUCCCCUCAUUUGAGCGCCUGCUGUGGCGAGCGUGCCGUGGUUACAUCAUUGUGGAUUUCAGAGAAAUGGAGGAUCGUCUCGAGCACCCAGACACGGGUGAGAUGGUGCAGUGGACGGUCUUCCUCAUUUCGUACUGGGGGGACCAGAUAGGACAGAAAGUGAAAAAGAUUUGCGACUGCUUCCGCACGCAGACUUUUACGUAUCCUGAGAACACAGCUGAGAGAGAGGAGAUUCUCCAAGGACUUCAAGGCAGAAUCGAAGAUAUCCAAUCUGUGUUGUCUCAGACCGAGGCCUUCCUGCAGCAGCUCCUCGUGCGGGCGGUGGCUGUGCUGCCCCAGUGGAAGGUGCGCGUCCAGAAGUGCAAGGCGGUCCAAAUGGUCCUGAACCUCUGCAGUCCCUCCGUCACUGACAAGUGCCUGAUCGCUGAGGCGUGGUGUCCCGUCGCCAAGCUGCCUGAGCUGCAGAGCGCCCUGAGAGAGGGAGGGAGGAAAAGCGGCAGUGGUGUUGACUCCUUCUACAACCGCUUGGCUUCAUCCACCUCUCCGCCUACCCUGUUUCCGCUCAACUCUUUCACCACUGGUUUCCAGAACAUUGUGGAUGCUUACGGCGUGGCGAGCUACCGGGAGGUCAAUCCAGCAAUGUACACCAUAAUUACAUUCCCCUUCCUGUUUGCUGUGAUGUUUGGGGAUGUGGGUCAUGGUCUGCUAAUGACCCUGGGCGGCCUUUGGAUGGUUCUCGAGGAGAACAACCCUAAGAUGAGAAGUAGCAAUAAUGAGAUCUGGAAGAUGAUGUUUGGAGGUCGGUAUCUGAUUCUGCUGAUGGGACUCUUCUCCAUCUACACGGGAGCCAUUUACAACGAGUGCUUCAGUCGGGGGCUCAGCAUAUUCAGUUCAGGGUGGCACGUGGGUCCAAUGUUUGAGAAAAACAUUUGGAAUUCGUCCGUCCUGGCUGGGAACAACUUUUUGUCUAUGGAUCCCGUUGUGCCUGGUGUCUUUACCAGUCCUUAUCCAUUCGGCAUUGACCCGAUUUGGGGGUUGGCCAAUAACAAGCUAACCUUCCUCAAUUCGUACAAGAUGAAGAUGUCCGUUAUCAUUGGCAUCAUCCACAUGACUUUUGGAGUCUCUUUGUCAUUCUUCAACUACGUGCACUUUGGCAAGUUGAGCAGCGUGUUCCUUGUGCUGAUCCCAGAGCUGUUCUUCAUGCUGUGUCUGUUUGGAUACUUGGUGUUUAUGGUGGUCUUCAAGUGGAUCGCUUACACUCCCGCCCAGUCCAAAGUGGCCCCCAGUAUCCUCAUCCAUUUUAUAGACAUGUUCCUCUUCGCAGAAAACGAAGACAACCCACCACUUUAUACGGGACAGGCUAUCGUUCAGAAAGUGCUGGUGGUGCUGGCGCUCUGCUCUGUUCCCGUCCUUCUGCUCGGGAAACCACUACUGGAAUACAGCACACACAAGGGGAGAAGGCGUCAGCUGCAUCUGCAAGAAGACAGACACCCGCUGAUGGUCGACGACGGCGCCGCCAACGCCCGGGAUGGGGAUGCGGACCGAAGAGGUUCUGUUGGGGAGGAGGAGUUUGAUGCUGCAGACGUGUUCAUGCAUCAGGCCAUCCACACCAUCGAAUACUGCCUGGGCUGCAUCUCCAACACUGCCUCCUAUCUGCGACUCUGGGCCCUCAGUCUGGCACACGCACAGCUGUCAGAGGUGUUGUGGGUCAUGGUGAUGCGCAUUGCCCUGAGGCGGCAGGGCUACGUGGGCUCUGCAGUUCUCUUUGUAGUCUUCGCUUUCUUUGCUGUGUUGACCAUCUCCAUCCUGCUGAUUAUGGAGGGCCUCUCGGCUUUUCUGCACGCACUCCGUCUGCACUGGGUGGAGUUCCAGAACAAGUUCUACAGUGGCACAGGCUACAAGCUACACCCAUUCUCUUUCUCAUCUUUGAUCAAUGCAUCAGCUGCCAUAUGAACAUCAUUCUGGCCAAAGAAUAUUUACCUCGUCGAUAUUUUGGACUGCAAUAGACUAACACAGUGAUCUGUGGACUGAGGCAGUUUAAUUGCACAUGAUGGUAUGGACUGUUAUGGCAUCAUGAAAAUGAAAUCUAAAAAUCAGUUGCAUUAUGUAAAAAAGACGCUACUAGACCCUUUUCAAAUUUUAUUCAAGAAUGCAUUCUAAUUUUUCAUUCCUAAAAAUGUUAUUAGUUAUUGAAACUUUCACUGUGACAUUUACAAUGAUCUUAUAUUUAAAAGGGAGGUUUGUGGAAAUCCAUGUUGAAUUGGUGUGUUGAACUUUAAUUUAAAUGAAUUUAUCAAAUGUUAGCAGGAAAUUAUCUGACGCCCCAUCUGCUAAAUACACCACAAUGCUGUGUCACUUCCGCACAUGCCAGUGUUAAACAACUAAACAAUUUAAUCUUAAAACAUUAGUAUGAGAUCUCUCGUGUGCCUUACUGAGCAAGCUAGUCAGUCAUUAAGUUGUUGGGACCACAUUACCAUGCAAUAUUUUGAACCACAUCAGGACGAUAUAUUUUUUCCUUUGUUAUGCACUGUCAAAGUGAUCAAAUUUUGACUGAAAUUAAAAGUAAUUUUCAUGUGUUCUUGUA